AUGUCAAACGGCUAUGAUGCACGGUCGAUAAGCAACAGUCCCAGUCAAAUAGAAGAAAGUUCAGAUAUCGGUAGCAAUCUGUUACGGCAACGACGGCUGAUGAAACAGGCCUACGAAAAGUUUCAGUUCAAAAGCCGAAAAUUGGGUUAUCUCCAUAAUGUCUAUUCCCGUGUACUGCUAUUGUUGGGGAUCCUUCAAGUGAUUGGAAUCAUUUUCUUUACUAAAGGCUUCCUUCUUUCAAGGACGGUUUUGCCCAACAUUGCAAGUUGUGAAAAUGGCGACUGUUUCAAGGCUUCUAGUUUCAAUAGAACUGUGCUGUUAGUUAUUGACGCCUUAAGAUUCGAUUUUGUUAUACCAGUGGAAGAGUCCUCAAUGAUGUAUCAUAACAAAUUGACAACUCUAUAUGAUUUGUCCAUAAAUGAACCAGAGAACUCAUUACUUUUGAAGUUCAUUGCAGAUCCCCCGACAACUACUUUACAGCGACUUAAGGGACUCACUACUGGAUCCUUACCUACUUUUGUUGAUGCUGGCUCUAACUUUGACGGUGACACGAUAGACGAAGACAACUGGGUGAGUCAGCUGAAAUCUCACAAUAGAAAUGUAGCAUUCGUUGGUGAUGAUACAUGGACGGCUAUGUUUAAUCCUUUCAUUUAUCAGAACCUUUCUUACCCUUACGAGUCUUUAAACGUAUGGGAUUUGCACACGGUGGAUAAUGGAGUCAUUGAGCAUUUAUUCCCUAUAAUCAACGAAUAUAACGACUGGGACUUUCUAAUUGGCCAUUUCUUGGGCGUUGAUCAUUGUGGUCAUAGACAUGGUCCUCAUCAUUUUGCGAUGGCUGAAAAACUAAUACAAAUGGACCAAGUGAUCAACCAGGUGAUGGAUAGCAUAGAUGAUGAAACUCUUUUGAUUAUUAUCGGUGACCACGGUAUGGAUGAAACAGGAAAUCAUGGAGGGGAAUCUACAGAUGAAGUCGAAAGCACUCUUUUUAUGUACUCGAAGAAACCCUUUUUUGGAAGAUUUCAGACCCCGAAUGCUUAUGAUAUUCAGGAUAAGGGUUCUAACUAUCGUUGGGUGAACCAAAUAGACCUUGUGCCGUCUAUAUCAAUGCUUACUGGUAUUCCUAUCCCUUUCAACAACCUAGGACAACCAAUAGAGGAAUGUUUUACUGGACCUAGUCACACACCAUUGGAUUUAGCUUCCGCUAACUAUUACACAGCUAAUCAGAUUAACAAUUAUAGACAAAAUUCUGAAACGUUGAAAGAUGAUAGCCAAGUGAAUGACUUGUUUCAAGAUAUUCAAUCGAUGUGGAACUCAAUUACACUAGAUUCGAAUACCUCAGCAUUAAACGAAAAAUGCGUCGAGUAUCAAAAGAUAUCCUUGGAAAGAUGUAAAGAUCUUUGGGCAAGAUUUGAUAUGCUCGGGAUUGGCAUCGGUAUUGGAAUCAUAGCAGCAUCAUUGGUCAUUACUGUGGUUUAUUCGAAACUGGUACCUUCAGUUGUCAUACCUCAGUUGAACGAGCAAAUGUUUACCUCGAGCCUUGCUUUGAUAUUCGUCUAUUUGGUUGUUAUGGCAUCCAUUCACUUAAUACUGAAGCCUGAAAACUUGUCUCUAACAAUGGCCCUUGCGCUUGGUGUUGCGAUCGGAAUAAUUAACGGCACCUUGGCUCCUAUAAUGGAUAGGUAUUCUCUGCAAUGGCUAAUUGGAAAAUUGAUAGAAUUAUUACAUUGGGAUUUUUGGACAUACUUAGGAUUACUGUUGAUUACGUUGCAUACUUUGAUAUUCACUUCCAAUUCUUUCAUCAUUUGGGAAGAUAAGAUUUGCUCAUUCUUCCUGCUUACUUUCGGUGUUUGUGCGUUAUUCGCAUCUUUCAGACUGAACACUGCACUGAAAAGACUUAUAACCAGUUACCACGCUCUAUCUUUCAUCAUAUCAACACGCAUGGUUUCUGUCAUUACCUUAUGCCGUGAGGAGCAACAACCAAAAUGUAGUACAACGUUUGGAAAAAGUUUGUGGGCCAUUUUCAUGUUGUUCCUAGCCUCAUAUUUUGUGCCUGCAACAAUCAAAGGCUUUUAUAAUAUUUCAUCUUCCUACCAAGGUGCAGCUCCAUUGUGGAUUGAUAAGGGAAUGAGGUAUUCAAUUUUUGUUAUCGGAGUUUAUUGGGCUUUGGAUUACAUAGAAAACAAUGACUACUUGAACAAAGCAUUGGAUAUCCCAUUUCCAAUACUUGCCUCUAUCAAAUUCACUAUAUCAAGACUGAUAUUUGGAAUUACAAUGGUAGCUGCCAACAUUGGAUGGCUAAUGGGUCCUUUAUGUGUCAAGAUUAAUGUCAUGAAUGAACAGAACAAGGAACAGGGUCCUAAAGAAGUUAAGAUUUUGGGAUACGGUAAUGUUUAUGGAUCUUCAUACUUUUUACUAAUUGCCAACUUUACCUGUGCAAUUCUACUUUUCAACAAACCGCUUGGAGCCUUAUCCAUAUGCGUUCUGGUGCAUCAAAUCUUAACAUUACUGGAGCUGGCUAAUUUGCUGAGAAUUAGAACAAACUUGAUAUCCAUAGUUGUGUUGAUACUGUUGUCAUACUUGCACUUUUUCACAACUGGUCAUCAAGCUACAUUACAGGCCAUCCAUUGGGAGACUGGAUUUAUGAUGACCGAGAAGAUUACUUUCCCCUUUACUCACAUUGGGAUUAUAUUUAACACACUAGGCCCUUUUAUUAUAGUGUAUUUGAGCGUACCGCUUUUGGUACUAUGGAAGAUCCCACCAACUAAUAAACCGAUUUCUCUAAUUGGGAAAGUGGCGGAGAAUUGUACUGCUUUAUCAGCAUACCAAACAUGUUUAACAUUGUCGACGUUGAUUAUGACAGCAAAUUUCCGUCGCCAUUUGAUGGUUUGGAAAAUUUUUGCUCCCAGGUUUAUGCUCAAUGGAAUAUUGGCCAUCCUACUAAAUGUUGUAGUGUUUGGGGUUGGAUUUUACAUUGCACUGGGUCGAAUAGUUAGGAAGAUUAACAACAUCUUCGGGAAAUAA